GAUCAUUACCGCAACAAAGUCCACUAAUUACUUCAACCAUCUUCACAAUCAUUUCAACAAAUCCACGUCUUUCGAAUUUCGCUUGCUUCAUAAACUCUUUAAAACACAAUCAUUGCGCAGCGUCGCAAAACUUGCAGAUCCCAGCCACAGCAAUUCGUACUCCGCUCGGACCAAGCGGCCUCGGUUCCCCGUUGGAGCCGCUAAAUAAUAUCCACCAAAUAUCCAAUCCUCCAACUCUUCAAAACAUCCCACAUCGCACCAGAAUCUCUGCGCAUGGCAGACUUUGACGGCGCCAGUCAGAACUUUCUGACAUGGCUUAAGCAAUCUGGAGCGGAAAUCAGUCCAAAGAUCAACUUGGAGGAUCUGAGAAACAAGGAUGCUGGACGAGGCGUUGUUGCAACCCAAAAUAUUGCCGAACAUGAACUCCUCUUCCGCAUACCCCGCGCCUCCAUCCUCAGUGUCGAAAACAGCAUCCUGAGUACCGAAAUCCCCGCUUCAACAUUUGCGCUUCUCGGCCCCUGGCUCUCCCUCAUCCUCGUCAUGCUCUAUGAGUAUCACAAUGGCAGUGCCUCGAACUGGGCGCCUUACUUUGCCGUCCUACCUACCGACUUCAACACCCUGAUGUUCUGGUCCGACGACGAACUCGCCGAGCUCCAAGCUAGCGCCGUGGUGAACAAAAUCGGAAAGGAAGGCGCUGAUGAAGUCUUCACGGAGCAACUACUACCCGUGAUAGAAGAGUUUGCGGACAUAAUAUUCAGUGGAGAUGAGAGAGCCAAGGACAAAGCGAAGGAGAUGCGCAGCCCGCAGAACCUGGAGUUGAUGCACAAAAUGGGUAGUCUGAUCAUGGCUUACGCAUUUGAUGUCGAGCCCGCGACACCAAGCAAGGACGUGGACGAUGAGGGUUUUGCUGAGGAGGAAGAAGACGCUGCACUACCUAAAGGCAUGGUUCCGCUAGCUGACAUGCUUAAUGCCGAUGCCGAUAGGUGCAAUGCGCGCCUGUUCUACGAGAAAGACUGCUUAGAGAUGAAGGCGCUCAGCCCGAUUACUGCAGGCGACGAGAUUUUCAACGAUUAUGGUUCGCUGCCCCGAAGCGAUUUACUAAGGAGAUACGGCUACGUCACCGACAACUACGCACAAUACGACGUUGUUGAGAUUCCCGCCGAGCUCGUCACUGAUAUUUUAACCAAGGAGGGUGUCUGGCACGCGGACAGGUUAGAAUACCUUGACGAACAAGAGGUCAUCGAUACAGGCUACGACAUCGCCGCCAGCACGCCCUAUACGCUUCAAGAAAGUCUCUCUCCCGAACUCGUCGUUUUGGUCGAAAGUAUGCUUCCCCCAGCCGAAGAGUUCGAGCGCCUUGCUAGCAAAGGCAGACUGCCUAAACCAGAGAAGACCACCAGCCAAGGAGCGGAGCUGCUAUUGCAAAUCGUCCAGGCUCGCAUCGCGCAGUACGCUACAACGCUGGAACAGGACUUGCAAACAUUUGGCGAGGUUCCGCCUGCCGGGACGGCGUCGCCUAAGCAGCGAAGAUUUGCUAUGGCAAAGGCCGUGCGUAUCGGUGAGAAACAGCUUUUGACGAAAACGAAAGAUGCGUUGGCAGAGAAGAUUGCAAGAGAUGGUGGUGCGGCGAUGGCGAAGAGGCAGAGGGUUGUUGAUGAAGAGGGAGAUGUGGAGAUGGGCGGUAUGGGGAAGAAGCACAGAGCGUGAUGAAGAUCACUGCAUGCAUCAAACCCUGUCGUGAACCGCAUCACCGAUGGUGGUUUGACAGAACGGUCACCAGGAUCUGGCCUUCACCCGAGAAUGCGAAUCAUAAGAGCGAGAAAAAAGGUCGGACAAUAAUUAUGCGUAACCUUCGCACCUCCCUUCACCCA